AGCUGCUGGUCUAGUAAUCGAGAAAACAACUAGGAGUCUCUGGCUGGGCGCAUUGAUCAGGUCUGCUUGCUGGGGGUGUGCUGAGGCUCAGACUGUCACUCAUUCUCUGAUCAGUGCCUGCACACAGCUUACAGAGCAGCUUACAGCCCAUUGGAAAAAAAAAAAUCCUUGUAAAAUCCAAUUUACAGAAAUAAAAAAAUCUUUGUAAAAUCUAAUUUGCAAAAAAAGAAAGAAAAAAACCUUCAAGACCAGAGCUGCACCAAUAUUGCAUUUGCAACAAAAGGUGGAUCUGUAAAAAAAAAAAAAUCUGGUGUUCAUCUUUGGACCCAUUUUAACAAACAGGAGCAGCAGAAGAAAUCUCAGCAGAUUUACAAUGUUACAAACUAAGGAUCUCAUCUGGACUUUAUGUUUCCUUGGAUUUGCAGCUGCACUACAAGUGAACAUAGUACCAGACCAAGGAGAGAUCAGUCUUGGGGAGUCAAAAUUCUUCUUAUGUGAAGUAACCGGAGAAGCCAGUGAGAUCUCAUGGUAUUCACCCACUGGAGAGAAGCUAGUUACCCAGCAACAAAUCUCAGUGAACAAAAAUGAUGACUAUUCGUCAACACUCACCAUCUACAAUGCGAGCAUCCAGGAUGCCGGUAUCUAUAAAUGUGUAGCUUCUAGUGAUGCAGAAGGAGAAUCAGAAGGAACCGUUAAUCUCAAGAUAUAUCAGAAAUUGACCUUUAAGAACGCACCCACCCCACAGGAGUUCCAAGAAGAUGAAGAUGCUGUUAUUGUUUGUGAUGUAUCAAGCUCUAUGCCCUCUAUUGUUAUCUGGAAACACAAAGAACGAGAUGUCACCUUCAAGAAAGACCCCCGUUUUUUUGUCCUUUCCAACAACUACCUGCAGAUCAAAGGUAUCAAGAAAACAGAUGAAGGGACUUACAGAUGUGAGGGCCGUGUCCUGGCACGAGGGGAAAUAAACUAUAAGGAUAUUCAAGUUGUUGUGAACGUUCCUCCCUCUGUUCGUGCCCGUCAAUUAAUUGUUAAUGCCACUGCAAAUAUGGAAGAAUCUGUUGUCUUGAGUUGUGAGGCUGACGGAUUUCCUGAACCUACAAUAAGUUGGACAAAGAGAGGGGAGACGAUUGAAGAAGGGGAUGAAAAAUUUGGUUUUAAUGAAGACAACACGGAGAUGACCAUCUAUCGAGUAGAGAAGGACGAUGAAGCAGAAUAUUCAUGUAUUGCUGAGAACAAGGCUGGAGACAAUGAAGUCAUCAUAAUGCUGAAAGUCUAUGCAAAACCCAAAAUCACCUAUGUAGAAAACAAAACUGCAGUGGAACUUGAAGACCAAAUCACCUUGACUUGUGAAGCAUCUGGUGAUCCUUUACCCAGCAUCACCUGGAGAACGUCAACCCGCAACAUCAGUAAUGAUGAAAAGACACUGGAUGGACGUAUUGUUGUCAACGGUCACAUUAGAAUGUCCUCUCUCACCCUGAAAGACAUCCAGUACACAGACGCCGGCGAGUACUUCUGCAUCGCAAGCAAUGCUAUUGGACAGGACACACAAGCAAUGUACUUCGAAGUUCAGUAUGCCCCUAAGAUCCAGGGUCCAGUAGUGUUUUACACCUGGGAGGGGAAUCCUGUCAAUAUCACCUGUGAUGUCCUUGCUUAUCCCAAUGCUGUGGUCUCCUGGUUCAGAGAUGGGCAGCUUCUGCCAAGCUCCAACUAUAGCAACAUCAAGAUACACAAAACUGCAUCUGCCAGCUACCUUGAGGUCAAUCCUGAUUCAGAAAAUGACUUUGGGAACUACAAUUGUACAGCUGUAAACCGCAUUGGCCAGGAGUCUGCUGAGUUUAUCCUUGUGCAAGCAGAUACGCCUUCCUCACCAUCCAUUAAAAAUAUAGAACCUUACUCCAGCUCGGCUAUGGUUGAGUUUGAUGAGCCAGAUGCCACAGGGGGUGUGCCCAUCCUCAAGUAUCGGGCAGAGUGGAGAAAUGUGAGAGAUGAGAGAUGGUCUUUUGUACUGUACAAUGCAAAGGAAGUGAGCGCUGAUUAUAUAACAAUGCUAACUGGAUUAAAGCCUCAGACAUCGUACUUGAUGAGACUGGCGGCAAUCAAUGGAAAGGGACUCGGAGAGUACACUGCACCUUACGCGUUCACAACCCAGCCUGUCCGGGAACCUAGUGCCCCAAAGCUGCAUUGGUCAAUUGGGGAAGAGGGAAACUCUAUAAAAGUGAGCCUGAUUAAGCAAGAUGAUGGAGGCUCUCCAAUUAAGCACUACCUUGUCAACUACAAAGCUAAAAAUGCAGCAGAAUGGAAGCCUGAAAUUAGAAUACCUUCAAGCGGAGACCAUGUGGUACUUAAGUCUUUGGAGUGGAAUGCAGAGUAUGAAGUUUCAGUGGUUGCCGAAAACCAUCAGGGAAAAUCCAAAAGAGCUGAGUUUUCUUUCUGGACCUCAAAUCCAACCACAGCAAUUCCAGCGACGACCAGUACAAGUUCAGGUAUGGGGACUGGAGCAAUUGUGGGUAUCCUCCUUAUCGUUUUUGUCCUAAUCCUGGUAGCUGUGGAUGUCACCUGCUACUUCCUGUACAAGUGUGGUCUGCUCAUGUGCAUUGCUGUUAACUUUUGUGGAAAAGCUGGACCUGGUGCUAAGGGUAAAGACAUUGAAGAAGGGAAAGCGGCAUUUUCAAAAGACGAGUCUAAAGAGCCUAUUGUAGAGGUUCGGACAGAGGAAGAGCGAACGCCGAAUCAUGACGGUUGUAACCAAACUGAGCCCAGUGAGACCACUCCCUUAACAGAACCUGAGCAUCCAGCUGACACCACAGCUACUGUUGAGGAUAUGCUGCCUUCUGUCACUACUGUCACAACUAACUCUGAUACUAUCACUGAAACCUUUGCCACUGCUCAAAACAGUCCCACCAGUGAGAGCACCACUCUUACUUCCAGCACGGCCCCACCACCUUCUGCUCUGCCUGAUGCAAACUCGGCACAGUCCAACCAGGCAACUCCUUCUAAAACUGAGGCAUCUUCAGCCUCCUCACUUCCUCCUAGCUCAUCCCCAAAAGUUGCUCCUCUAGUAGAUCUCAGCGACACUCCAUCUACUAACAACCCAACUAACACCCUACCUAAUCAAGCAGCAGUCCUUAAUCCCACCGCUGCCACAAAUGUAGCUGAAGCUUCAAAAGCAGCCACCAAACCUUCUGCCCCAUCCCUGGCAAAUGCCACUAGUCCCCCAGCUACUCCUGAAGCAAAGCAGGUAAAGCAGGAAGGACCAGGCAUCAAAAGCCCAGAAAAGGAAGCAGUACAGCCCAGUACAGUGAAAAGUCCAACAGAGGCCAACAAGAAUGAAACUGCCUCAGUUAACUCAAAACCCUCCCAGGGUGAGGACUUUCAAAUUGAUGGAGGGAACUUCAAGACUCCAGAAAUUGACCUUGCAAAGGAUGUUUUUGCAGCUCUUGGAACUUCUACUCCUGCCGCUGUUGCUAGUGGGAAAGCUCCUGAGCUGGCUUCUUCCACUGCAGAGAUCUCUGUACCGCCUGCUUCAGCAAAGACCGAGAAGGCCCCUGUAGAAGAGAAUUCUAAGCCAGAGGAAACAGAUAUGAAGAACACCCCAGCAGAAGUCAAAACAGUUCCCACUGAAGCCAAUCAAACAAACGCUAAUGAGAGUAAAGCAUGAUUUCACCUAGGGGGUGGGGGGUGUGUUAUUAGGGAAAGGGGGGACGUGAAUACUAAAAAAUAAUGUCGGAAGAGCCUCAUGCUAGCCAUUUACAGAGUGAGGUACACAUACACACACUUCAUCAUUCCUCUGAAAUAUUGGCCUUUGUUGUAAUUACUUUUGUUUUCUGUUUUUUUAUUUUUAUUUUUAAGAAAACCUGUUUGUUUUUUGUGUGAUUGUAGAAAGGGUUAAUCUCUUGUGCACAUGCUUUUUAUGAACAAAAAUGAAGGGGGAAAUUGUUGGUAUGAGAAGAUCCAUGUAGUGCCCUAAAAGCUGCACGUAUGUACGAGUUUUUUUUGUACUAAAUAUUUAUCACCAGGGGAUAAAAAUGUUUAACAGUCAAGCGGUUUUGUGCGUUGCAUUUAACUCUGUUUAAGAAUUCACAACUUUAUGACAGUUCUGUUUGGCAUUUAAAGGGUUUGUAUUUAAAAUGCUUCCACUCUCUAAGUAAAUAAAACAUUAAGAGUGAAAAGCCAAUAACUAAUUGGAUUGAUCUUACCUGUCUGUCAUUCUUUUUCAAAUCUGGAUAGUAAAUUUAUGGUUGAAACUUUAACCCAUAAAUCUUAGAUCUUGCUAUUUGUUUUUAAUUUGUUCUAAUUUUUAAAAAAAUUAUUUUGUGUUAUGUUUUAUGCAAAUUACAGAUUUCUGCUCUUGUUUCUUUGUGGUAGAAAGGUACCUUAAAAAGGAGAUGUUGGCAAUUCAUUUUACAUUGUGUGUAUAUAUAUAUAUAUAUAAAGGAAUCCACUGCAAAUACAUCUAAAAAAACUUGGAAUUCACAAUCAGUCAUGACUCUGGAACAAAUGUCAUGGGAACCCAUCCUAUGGUCUAUUAAAGUGAUACGUUACAGCUAAUAAUAUUUUGCAUUAACAUAAUACCCACUGUAAACACAUUACUUGUUUUUAGGGUUCUGCAUUUUGGAGUUCACAGGACUGUGUUAAACACAGAAAGGGCUGUAUUUACGGCAAAAUACACUUGUUUAUAUAGUCACGUUUAAAUUCUGAGAAAAUACGAGGUGUAGAUUUUGUUCCAAUUUAAGAAAAAUCUACAUAUUUGUCUACAAAAUUAGUUUUUUUUAGAUAUUGGCCUCUAUUUAUCAAAGGUCUUGUGGACCUGAUCCGACAGUGUGGAUCAGGUACGCAAGACCUCACUAAAUGCGGAGAGCAAUACGCUCUCCGCGUUUAACAUUGCACCAGCUGCUCACAAGAGCUGCUGGUGCAACGCCGCCCCCUGCAGACUCGCGGCCAAUGGGCCGCCAGCAGGGGGGUGUCAAUCAACCCGAUUGUACUCGAUCGGGUUGAUUUCCGGCGAUUCCUGUCCACCUGCUCAGAGCAGGUGGACAGGGUUAUGGAGCAGACUCACCAGAAACACGGCCCUUCAAGCUCCGUACGGAGCUUGAUAAAUAUGGGCCAUUGUCUGUGAUAAGCUUUUUCAGGUAGAAUAGCACCCACCAAUUUUUUUGUUUUAGCUUUUCUGUACAAGAGUCCAACAUUCAAAGUGACAGUGACCUCUGUCUUACAAACAUUUACAAAAGAUUUUUUUUUAUUAUCCUGUAUUUGCAAAAGGUAGAACGCAACUCACCAGUGCUUCACGUUUACGUAAAUAAAAAUGGGUAUAUGGACAGGCAGGAUACCCUUAAAAAAUGAACAUGAAAAUUUGAACUUCAUUAAAAUGAUGCCAUUUAAAAAUGUAUUGUGAUUACCAAUAUGAGUGAAGACCUAUUUGCUGAUUUACCACUGUUAUACAGGCGCUGAGAAAGAUCCAAGAAUAUUGCAUCCCACAAACUAGGAAGUUCAACGUUAGUGUCUGUUUGGUUACAGCUGUGGUUCAGUGACAGAGUUAAGUUUACAGCACAUAUAGUUUACAUUUAACAAAGUAGUAACUCACCCAGUGAUUUGUUUUGAGAUUCUAGCCGCGUUGGGCCGAUGAGAAUAUAGUAAAAAAAAACACGUUAUUUUCUUUCUUUAUUGAAUAUUUUGUUACUGUCAUUUGUGAAUAAAGUUACAAAAAUACUGUGAUUAAAAUCAAUUUUGUAACAAUUUCCCCUUAAUAAAUGGAUCUCCCAUUUGACAUAGCUAUUCAUGCAGUUAUAUUGCUUAAGUAUAAAUGCUGUGAUGUCUCAGUUUUGUGCCAUACAGAAAACAAACAAAAAUAAUUAACAAAGAGCAGAGGUUGUGGACCCUCACAGCAGGAACAACAUAAAUUGAUAGCAUUUCUUAUAUGUAAACAUAUGCACAUUUAAGUACAUUUCCCAUAACCUCUAUUUGCUAAUUCCUACUGACAAACAGUGCAACUGUUUAGUGCCCAUGUAUAAUCCUUGGUAUUUAUCAGACCAGACAUUUCUACCCAGGUAUGCACUAUGAAGUAAACCACCCUGUUAUGUACUUUUUAAGUUAACAUUUUUUUUUAGGAUGCCAAAUGCAUAUUUGCAGAUUUUUUUUCUCUUCAUUUAGCAGUAUUGACAUGCACAUUUUGUUAAAACUUUUUUAUAUAUUUUUUCUAGUGUUUACAUACAUUGUUUCCUUUUUUUUUUGUGUUUGAACAUUUUAUGGUUAAUUUUAUGGGGGUUGUGUAUCUGCUUUUUCGUUUUUUUGGACAUGGUAUAUAUAAAUAUAUAAAUAUAUAUGAGAUUAUUAGCAUGCGUGCUUUGCUAUGAGAUGUUUUGAGGGGGGGAAAUGGAUGUUUACAGUUGUUUGCUCCUGAUUAAAUUUACAGAAAAAAAUAGUGUUUUUUCAUAUCUGUUAAAAUACAUUGUGAACAUAUUUCAUGUGCAUAAAAGUAAUUCAUUUCAUUUCAGUUACCGUUUAUUUUGCAACCAAUGCUAGAAAAAAACUUUUUUUUUUAUUGCUGUAGAAUUUGUACGCCCUAAAACAGUGGUUUGAGACUAUUUUAAAACAGCAAUUAAAGGGAAACAAUUACAAGUUGUUUGAAAUUUGUAAUUCUAAAAUGUCAUUAUCCCGAAACUAUAGGGUACUUUUUAAACUGCCAAUUAUUGCUCCAACCUAAUGUCCCUAUAUAUAUAUAUAUAAGGGGAAAUGCACUAAAAUAAAUGUCUGUUGUCCUUAUUUUUAUCUAAGCACGAAGAAAACUUAUGAAAGCAGUUUGUCCGAAAUUAAACUGUUCUGAUCAAAAUAAAACUGUAGGAAUUUUAAGGAUUUUUUUUAGCAUCUGAAGGUAUUUAACACACAUACAAACUGUUCUAAAUCAGUACAGAAGAUUAUGGUUUUGCUAACGCUAGAAGUAUGUGUAGCAUUAAUAUUUGAUAAAAAAAGAAAUAAAGAAUAUAAUUGAACCUAGAUCUGGUCACCAUUGGAGAUACGCACCUAGAACCCCAGGUCUGGAUUGAGUGCUAAAGUCUGACAUUCAUUUUUGCAAAAAUGAAAUGAAUAAAUACAUGACCUUUCUAUUUAAAGUAUGUGACAUUCAAAUCUUAGAAAAUAACAUUCCAAUGUUGAUUCUCCUAGAUUUUAAUAUACAUUAUAGGAAUCAAUAUUUAAGUUUUUUUUAAUUUUAAUUAGUAACAUGCACUAUAAAAUGUUUCAAAAGCAGAACAAAUUUCAAUGGAAAUGUUCUGCCAUUCAAAUUUAAAAAUUUGCCCAUUCUCAUAAUCGACUCAAUAUGCAGUUCUCCAAGUGUCUAUACCUAGGGAUAUAUUUUUUUCGCUUAAUGAUAUAUACACUUUAAGGAGCUGACUUGUCAAAAAAAUAUACAGCUCUUUUAAGAGAUAUAAACUUUCCCUAGAUAGAUACAAUUAUUUUUAUUUUAAAAUACCCUUUACAGACAUCUAUUGGCAUAAUUAAGCAUUGCGUUGUAGGGUGCGCUAGUUGAAUAACAGUGUUCUUAUAAAUACACCAGUGAUCUGCUGCAGCCUUGGAUACUUGGAUACACAUAAUAAUAACAAUUGUUUGGUUUAAGCAAUACAUGCAAAUGUAUGAAAGUUGAAAGAUCAAUGUGAAUACAGUUCAUAUUGUCUUCAGAUAUGCAGAGUUAACUAAAGAGCCCUGAAUAUAGUACUCUAGGGAUGUUAAAGUGCUACAAAAGCAGAUAGAAAUGUAACGUUUUAUUAAGAAUAUUGCAAAAUAGAAAUAACUAAACACACAGACUGUUUUCUAAAGAACCAACUGAUAUUAUUUUCUUUGUUUUUUUUUACUAUAUGCAGCUUAUGUGAUUUUUAAAAUAAAAUAUUCAAUUGUGUUACCUAAAUGUUCACAAUGCAUCUUAAUGCCGUGUUGAAAUUCUGUUUAUGAUCUGAUAAUUGCAUUGACAUUGUUUUUGUUAAAUCUCAUGCUCCCUCUUGGUAUAUAGUUUUUUUGUUUUUAGAAAUAACAAUAUAUUUUUUAUUAAAUUAUCUCCAGAACCCGCAAAACAUUUCCCAUAUCACAAACAUACAGGGACCUGUCAAUAAAAAUAGUCCUUAGCAGGGAUCUGGUGCUCGUGGGUGAUAGUAAAAAAAAAAUAACAAAAAAAUGGGGGAGGAAGAAAAAGGGAGCUACCACAUGUUCCAGGUCACUCUACCCAGUUCCCAGUCUUCCAUAAGUACCAAAAAAUGAAAAACCAAAGGGUAUCAAGAGAGAAUUUCAAAUACCUUCCUAAUUUUAUUGUACAUAAUAAUAUUAAAACAAUACAUUGCAUAUUAUAACUCCAAUUUCCAGAGUCCUUGCUUUCACCAUAAAAGUCUAACCAAGUAAAUGUUAAUAGCUUAAAAUAUCACUUGUAUCACUAAGCAUAGAGUUUAUUUUCCUAGUCCAUACUAUCCUUAAAUGCUAUAAGGUUCAUACGGCAAUCAAAGUGAAAUUCCCACAUAUGCCAAUAAUUUCCUUUUAAAAGAUCUUAUUUAUAACAAACCCAUAUGUGUUGGCCUUGGUGUUAAGCAAAGGUAGCCUAAUGGUCAAAGAGGUGCAUAUCAUAAAUUGACCCAGAGGUCACUCUUCCUGCCGCAACCCCCCCCCAUAGGUACAGAACAGUAGACACAGUCCUGGACUAUAUUAAUUAAAUGACUCUUUCUUAUACUCUCAUAAAAACCAUAUUGCUCCUAUUUUGUAAAGUUGAUUUGACAGCAUUUUAGUUGUUAUCUCAGGAUAGCAGCUGCACAUAGUAAACAUAUAAUUAUUGCUUACCCUCUGCAGGCGACAAGUAGCCCACACUGUCACUGUGCCAGUGACCUUUGUAAUCCUCUUCAUGGUGACUCUAUUGAUGCAUCUCAUAAGUUCUGUGCUAGCAGGAAGUGCAGCAGAUGGGUUAAGCUUAGCACCCUUCUUGCUCCAUUAGUCUUUUUCUGAGACGCGCAUUUCACUAAUUUCUAUAUUAUUGGGCUUAUUAUGCCUAAAUGGUAGUUUUGGAAAACUGGGUGCUAGAUAGGGUGAUCUAGGGCAUAUAGUAGCGCCCUUUUUUCCCCCAUUUUUUUUUAAAACAUUUUUGUUUUGGUUACCAUGAAAUGGAGAAUCAAGAUAUGCCAAUACUUUGUAAGAAAAAUUCUAUUGAAAAAUAAUUUCCCCAAUUUCACUGUCAGCUUGUGCACAGUAAAUGUGUGAAUAGUGUGAAAUGCGUGUUUUUGUCAUAGUAUAAAAAAAUAAAGGAUCAAGGACAUAUAGACCUGGUGGCGGAAGAAAAUAAUAGUCUAGUUUAAUUGAUGGUAAUAAAAGCAUAGAAGCCUUUAAGAUAUAAUUCCAUCCAAACACAUAAUAUUUUUCAAUAGUUUAGUAAUAUUCCAAUGUAAUUUCUUGCCAAGUUCAAUAAUGAAUAUAUAUUUUUUUUUAAUUUUCAUAUACCAUCUGGACAGUGAUUAUUGCUGAGUAAAUGCAGACUGUGAAAAAAUAAUUCUACUCAGUGUUUUUUUGUUCUAUGCUAGUAGGGAUGAAAAUGGAGGAACUCAUACAAUUAUCUGGUCAGCAGCGCUCGAGGCGUCUUUUUUUAAAAGCACAUUUCUGCAUUUUGUGUAAAACACUUUAAGAUGUUUCAUUACUGUAAAUGAAUUGCUGUUGUUUUUACCAAAACCCUUUCAUUUCCCACCAGACUCUUCUACAAUGUAACAGAUUGCUACAUAAAAGGACAUAAGAUUGUAAAAAAUAAGUGUACAUAAGUAAAACAAUAAAUAAAAUGAUGAAUUUAAAGGGAUGUUGAAGUCUGAUUCAGAUAAAGCAUUCAUUUUCAAAAAAAUAUCAGUUACUUUUAUUUAUCAAAUAAUAACCUUUGUUGAAACCUUGAAAGCGUACUGAGGUACGACCUGGCACAUGUGUGUUUUUUGAUCACUAUACGAAAGCAUUAUUUUCAAAAAUGAUUGUCACAAUGUUAUACAUUGUUGCACACACUGCUACCAUAGCAUGCUCAAGUCACAUGCACGCUACUCAGCCAGCCUAGGUAGAAGGUCACGAAAAACAGGUUUUAAAAACGGAAACCUAUAGAAAUUGAUAAAAAUUGGAAAGUUGUUUUUUCUUUUAAAUUGAACUAUCUGAAUCAUGAACGAUUCCCUUUGACUUCAAUUCCUCUUUAAAAAUCAGAGCGUUAAAGGAUGUACCAUUUUACCAUGAAUUACCCACAAUGCAUUUCUGCAACUGUCUUCAAUACCAGUUCUAUUUGAUAACAAUUAAAGCGGAGUCCUGAUGCUUCAUUAACAUUAUGGACUAAGAACCCUCUCUUACGUCUGGUAAUAUAUAUAUACACAUGUUAUGUAUAAGUACAUAUGUAUUAUUCUAAUGUUAAACACCUGUAUAUUUAUUGACCUGCAGAUGAAAGAUCACAUUGCAUUCUUUGGAUAGUCAAGUGUUAUUUUGUUUUAAUGUGACACAGAAUGUGUGUUUAUUCCUUGGGUUAACGGUUUAGUUGACUUAUUUUCUAUACAAUGCCUGGAUAAGACUUUAACCCUCUGCCUAGUGUACUUUGCAGUAUCAAGUGACUCCAUUCACAUCCCUACCCAGCCUCCCCUUGUUCUGAGGCCUUCUCUCUCUCUCGUUUCAAAACUUUUUACAGAAUAAAAAACAUUGACUAUCAACUUUAUUCCCAUUCUCACUGCUGUAAAUACUGAGUACUAACGGAGAACUUUGCAUUCUGUCAAAAUACUUGUGUUCAAUAAAAAUUACAAAAAAAUGAA